AUGGCUCACAAUUGCGGUUUAGCCCUUUUCCUGAUUGCCCUCGUCUUUGCCGCCUCAAACCCACUGGCCCACGGCCAGCAGUUGAAUGUGACUGGCCUAACCGUAAGCGGCCGGCUCUGCUGCACGCCCACCGGAAACUGCCCCGGACAGGGUGUUCCCGGAGCUCUCGUUAGCCUCAACUGCACGAAUUUCCUCGGUGGUGGGACCAUCACAGUCGGUCAAACCAGAACAAGCAUUAACGGGACAUUUAACAUUACUGUUCCUCGUUUGACCGGUCUUGAUCUUCGAGGCUUCCCCAACAUUUCGUGUGUUGCCAGUGUUAACCUCCCGCUCAACUCUGCAAUUUGUCCCGUGCUUUCCACCGUUAACGGCACUCUUGUUGCCACACUUAGCCUUGUCGAGAUACUUCUUUCAGAGACACUCGUUGUUGCGAGGUUACUCCCCGGCGUGUUCACCUUCCUAUUCCUCUAG